AUGAAAUCCAAUUAUCUUAAGUUUUAUCAAAUAAAAUUGUUUAUUAAAGUAUUUAAAUGGGUUACAACAGGUUCUCUUACAGAAACAUGGUUAAUAAUUGCUUGCAUCCCCUUCUCUCGUUUUGAUAUUAGGGCGACGAAAAUUUAAGCAACAGUGGAAUAAUUCCCAAAUGUUUUGAUCACAUAUUUGAAACGAUAUCAAUGACAACAAAUGUCAGAUAUUUGGCAUUAGUAACGUAUUUGGAAAUUUACAAUGAACGUAUUCGAGAUUUACUUAAUAAAAAUGAAAAUACGAGUGUGAUAAAUCAUUCCCUUAAGAAACUGCCAGAUAUUGGUGUUUCCGUUCCAAAGCUUACCACGCAACCUGUUGUUAAUGCAAACCAAUGUUACGAUUGGCUACAUUUUGGAAAUAAAAAUCGAGUAACUGCAGCUACAUUAAUGAAUAAGAAUAGCUCACGAUCCCACACUAUAUUUACCAUCACUUUGGAACAAUCUCCAUUUUUUAAUAGUAUUGGAGGAUGCCUUUGGAGGAAUACGUAGAGGAAAACUAAGCUUAGUGACCUAGCAGGCUCUGAGAGGCAGCGAAGGACUGGUGCUAAAGGAGACCGACUUAAGGAAGCGUCCCAAAUAAACUUAUCACUUUCUGCAUUAGGCAACGUUAUUUCAUCUUUGGUUGAUGGUAAAGCAAAGCAUGUACCCUUUAGGGACUCAAAACUUACACGCCUGCUCCAGGAUUCCUUAGGAGGAAAUACAAAAACCCUUAUGAUAUCAUGUAUAUCACCAACAGACAUAAAUUAUGAUGAAACCAUAUCUACUUUUCGAUAUGCAAGUAGAGCAAAGAAUAUUUCAAAUAAACCUAAAUGAAUUAGAAAUACAAUUCCAAGCGCAAAGUCGAAUCGAUCUAAUAAAGCGCACUUUAAUUGGUGGUGAACGUAUCCAUGAUUUUAAGCUUAAAAAAAGCACAUGGCUCGAAAAUAUGCAGCUCAACGUCACUUAAGUGCAAUAGCUAAUGCCUUAAGUAGAGUGAAAUGUGAAUAUCGCAACCUUUUGCAGGGCCAUUAAGCCAGUAUUACAAGAAAUCGAUAUAAAAAAUGAAUAUAUUAGAAAGUGCAAAGAGAAAAUUAAAAUGCUUGAAAUAGAAGUUUCCGAUUUAAAUUCAGAAUUUCAGCUUAUUUGGAGGAAAUUCGCAACCUUGGACGUCAAGUAAAGUUCCAUCAACAACUUUUUUUUAAAGGUUCUUCAAAUCCCAAAAAAUUUGACCGGAAUUGGUAAGACCUUACAUUAGAUUAAACA